CAGCGGCACAAAAUAACCAGAACUGUCAAGAGUCCCUUUCAUUCUUUCGCGAGUGUUCCUUGCAAGUCAACACGCUUCUUUCGCCGAGUGACGAAAUUUCAAAAAUAUUUUUCACGCACCAAGUCACACGACUUUUAUUUUCGUCCCCCGUCUGCAGUCACAAAAAGGUAAACAAAUGGGCAACUCCGUAAGUGCCAGUCCGGUGGCCGCUCUGCCGGCUUCCGUCGAGGUGCCCCCACCGCAGGCCGGAACCGACGCCAAGAAGGAGAAGCCCAAGUGCAAGGCGUGCUGUGCCUGUCCGGAGACGAAGCGGGAACGUGACGCUUGCAUCAUGGAGCGAGGAGAGGAAAACUGCGGCCCGCUGAUUGAGAAGCACAAACAGUGCAUGCGAGACAUGGGCUUCAAUAUUUAAGGAAGUUGACCACUUGGACAACUGAAGAGAGCUGAGUCAUCAU